CCGGCAGGGACCAGAUCCUCACAGGAGCCCAGACGGCUGAACUUCAACACACAUUCUCGCCUUCCUGAAACUCAGCUGAAGCCCCGCAGCAGCAGAAAUGGAGCAAGUUUGGAUCCUUCUGCUCAGCUCAGUGAUGCUCUUCAUGGUUCCUGGUGUCCAGGCUCAGGUGAGCGUGAACAGGACGGGCUGUGGGCUCACUAAGCUGUGCCUGGAGACACCGGAUGACUGCGACCCCUCCGGGAACAGCAGCUGUCUGUUUGGAUCCGUGGCGGCGGGCCCCCACAUGCCCCCCAACGGGGUCAACUUGUCCUUUGAACUCAGCGGACAGUCAUUCGGCUACGUCGCGCUGGGCCUCACCGUCAACGCAACCGUGGGCUCCACCAGGUUCUUCAUCUGUGGAAAGAGAAACGAGACCUUCUUCUUCCGCACCAUGAGCAGAAACAACACCAACGAAAUGCUGACAGCAGAGAUCACGACCGCCGUGGACGUGCAGGGCGCCCUGAGUGGAGACGUGAUCCGCUGCCUGUUCACCGUGGGCGGGUUGAACGCCACCGCCCUGCGGAGCUCCCACAGCACCACCUUCUCCGUCCUCCUGGGACGCGGAAACGUGACUGACGGUGGCGUUGGGCCCCUCACGGUGGUCCUGAGCAGCGACCCCCUGGACCUCACCAACCCCGGCAGCAACGUCAACACAACGGCCACGCCGCCCACCACGUCAGGGGCCGGGGGGGCCCCCCACGCCCACGCCGGGCUGCUGCUGUUGUUGGGGUUUCUGGCCCUGGGCCUGCUCCCCACCCUCUGAGAGGAUCCUGACCCGAGGCUGUGACCCGGCCGAGAUGCUCCCCAGGCCGCUGUUUCUACACAUCAGGGGAAAAACUGAGUGUCAAACUAUUUAUAGUCUCUCUUUUUUUUUAUCGUACUUGAUCAAUUUGGGUUGUGCAGUGUGCUUGUGCGUCGUAAAUACUCAGGGCCGAUGAGCUUCAGACCGAAAAAUAUAAGGUCUGCCUUUCCUAGUGGAGUGGGACUGGUUUGUGUACGGUUAGGCCUCCUCUGGCCUGUGAACAGCUCGGAGGAGGAUGUUUUUGUGUGUUUGGUGGUAAAAAACCACCCCCUCAGUUCCCGGCACAGCCAGCAGAACCUGGCCAUCUGGUAACUCCCGGGGAGGGCGUGUCUCACAGCUCCAUGCUGAUUUGAUAAAAGCUAAUCAAGUUGUUUUUUUUUUUUUUUAAUAACUUUUUUAAUCUCUUCCUGCUUCCAGAAUCCAUAAUGUGGCAGAACAGACUAUUCGCUGAUUCACAUUAAGGACCAGCAGUCUGAAAUGAUGCCCAUUUCUAUUCAAGCAGACCAAAUUCCGUCCAUUUAUUUGAGCCAAUUUGAUUUUUGGAUGAGAAUGUCCGAUUUCCAUAUGUAAAAAAAUUAUUCUUGGAGACUUUAAGUGUCCAAUGCAGUUUGUUUUAAUCGUGCACAGAUAGAUUUAUAUAUGUUGAUUAUGUUUGUUUUUGAAAAACUGACUUCUUUUAUGUGCAACCGCUAAUCCCAAUGCAUUAAAUGUAUUAUUCAAACCACACA